AGAGAGAGAGAGAGAGAGAGUAAAGAAAGAAGUCCUCUUUCUCUCUCCUCCAGCCGUGGGGGGCGUCCCUGUUAGGGUUAGGAAUCGACUGCCACCGCCCUGCUCCUCCUUCUCAGCGACAUCCAUUACCUCUUGGAACGCAAUUCCGCCGUUGACCCAUCUCUUCCCUCCGCAAGCAAGCUCUCCUGAAUCAAACAUUCCGCGCCCUCCUCAUUCACUCUCAGAGCUGAUCUCAGGGGAAAUUGAGGCAAUCUGUUUUCUUUGAUGACAAUGGAGGCCAAAUUCUUUCGCUUUCUCAAGAUUGUUGGUGUUGGGUUCAAGGCUAGAGCGGAGUCUGAGGGACGCCUCUUGUACCUAAAAUUAGGCUACAGUCACGAGGUGGAGCUGACUGUUCCUCCUGCAGUGCGUGUCUUUUGCUUUAAAAACAAUGUGGUCUGCUGUACUGGGAUCGACAAGCAGAGGGUGCAUCAGUUUGCCGCUGCCGUUCGUAGUUGCAAGCCUCCAGAAGUUUACAAGGGCAAAGGUAUAAUGUACAUCGAUGAAGUUAUCAAGAAGAAGGCAGGGAAGAAGUCGAAAUGAGUGUGCAGAUGCAUACUGCUGCUGUAAAAUUAUUCAUAAUAAGACCAUGAGGCAAAAAUCACAGUUUGCUCUGUAAAACUUGGAGGGAGUUUUGUAGCUUGUUGUGAUCGAAUAUUUUUGCAGCCGAUUGCCUAGUUCAGAUUAGAAUCGAAAAUCACUUUUCUUUCAGGUUUUUAUUUUAUUUUAUUUUAUUUUAUUUUAUUUUUCUUCUUCCAUUUUCUGGUAACAAAGAUAAACCUGUGCUCCUUCUAUAGCUAUUUUCUAGAGCUAUUUAGGCUGAAUUCAUGGCUGUUGACAGAUUUGUCUACUAUAUAUGGAAGGACUCAAACGAGCUGAUUUAAUUUGUCCUCUAAA